CGCACUUGCUACGUGAUUUCCUUGCGAGAUUUUUCGAGAGUUGCAAGAGUUGUCUUUCCCUUCCAACCUUGACAAAAUUUGUGUGUCUGGAAGUUGGGAGAUAGAACACAAUGAAGGGAAUGCGUGUACUGCGGCGAGGUUUCGCCACCUCUGCCAUCAGGAGGGAUGUUCAGGAUAUGGAGCCUAGAUUCCUGGUCCCUAAAAGUAAACCAGGCAGCCCAUUCAGCUAUGAGAACCUUGUAGUCAAAAGGAUGAAAUACUACUUGCAACCAGCAACUGAUUACACUCAUAACAGAAGCCCCUAUGGUAAACAGUACACCAUCUUUGUCAGUGUAUUGGGUUUGGUUUAUAUGAUCUACAAUGUGUUUGAAAGGGCCUAUGUGAUGCCAAGGGCAGGAAAGUCUUAACAAGACUAGUUAUUAUUUUAAAUAUAUAUGUUGCUGUAAACAUCUGUUGUGAAGAAGUCACAAUAAAUCUUUGAAGAAUUU